AUGCGAACCUACGACUACAACUACAACUACGACUACGACUACGAUAAGAAGUACGACAACUACUUCUAUAACCACUUCUACAAUUAUUUCUACUACGUCUGCUCUCACAACUACUCCGACUCUGCCUACAACAACGUUAGUCUCUACGCCAUCUUCGGCAACUCCUACAACUACUCAAACCGUGACAACUACAUCCGUAAUCCCUACCAGUUCAUCCGCGACUUCAACACCGCGUGUUAUCCCCAGUGCAACGCCAGUUAUCCCCAGCGCAACGCCAGUUAUCCCCAGCGCAACGCCAGUUAUCCCCAGCGCAACGCCAGUUAUCCCUAG